CCGACAGGAGCUCAGGAUUCUUUGCCUCGGGCAUUCCAGAACCGGCGAAUCGAUGGCACUAGCAGCAGCACUUCGCCGACACUCUCUCCCGACUUGUUGAGCGAACGCGCUGCUCUCGACGCGUGCUCCACUCAACAUUAGGCAACAAAAAUUGUAAACACGACGCUCAACAGAAAUUCGCUCGGACUUUCCGCCUGAAAAGUGAAUCAGUUGUAAAGCUAAAGCAUCAAAAUACUGCCAGAUACUGUGAUCAUUUUCUUUGAACUUGGUGCAUAUUUAUAAUGUGUUAAGAUGUUGUCGGGUGAUUGUUUACUCUUCCGUAGGCCGAGCCUUCGACUACGAUGAAUGGUAGCUUGUAUGAGGAAACCUCGAAUAGCCGGUCCAGCGUUGAAGUUGUCCAGCCGGCCAGCACCGGUCCUCUUCACAUUCCAGCGAAACGUGUGCAAGCAUCCAGCCUGGCGGUUUCGGCGUACGGUCACUCCGAGUGCGGAGGGGUGGUGGAAGGGGGCGGCGGAGGCCUCGGGGGUGCGGCAGCAGCGGGUGGGGUCAUCCGCCACAGUCAUCAUCACCCUACACCCCAGCCCUGGGGGGCUUACGAUAAUCACUCGGCAUUUGAUAGUCACCCGUCGCAGUAUAACCAGUCGUCGCUGUGCAGAGAGAGCAUGACGCCCAGCUAUUACUACAAUGAUCAUCAUGCCAGGGCGGACCGAAAACCCCCUAUAAAAUUUUGGUCCAACACUUAUGACUUGCCCAGCGCUGGUCCAAGCACCGUCGCAUCCACCGACACUUGCCAAACUUUCGCCCCACAGACGUGGUGCAAUUAUGCUCCCUAUUCGGGGAGACAUAUGGAACAUCAUGGGCCCCAACCUGUCACCUACCUCUCCACCGAAGACAGGACACGGGCCCCCAUGGAUGGUUUUUCACACUCAGAUGGGUACACUCUGAGGACUUUUGCCGCUGCCGAGACUCACCCUCAGCCCACUUAUGUGCCAGCUGGUACUGUGACUGAAACCGUUGUGACAAAUCCUCUGGAAUGGACUGGCAAUGUGACUGUUCGUAAGAAGCGCAAACCUUAUUCGAAGUUCCAGACGCUGGAGUUGGAAAAGGAGUUCCUGUUCAACGCUUACGUGUCGAAGCAGAAGCGAUGGGAACUGGCGCGUAAUUUGAACCUCACAGAGCGCCAGGUGAAAAUCUGGUUCCAGAACAGACGGAUGAAGAGUAAGAAGAACAGUCAAAGAAACGGAGAGAAUAACCAGAAUAACAACAAUACGGUAGUCAAUGCUAACGGACAGACAAUUGCGCAAUCGGUUAAGUAGCUGGUCUCCUACACUGUGCUUGAGUCGUGAGUUGCUUCUGGGACAAACCUCCAUUGCAAUAUGUCGUCAAAUACAAACAUUCCACGAAACUUUUGUAAUGAACUCUUUCAACAGCGACAGCUGCCACAAAAAAUUCUUCGUACCACUCUGCGUGGAUAGCUUUCACUUACAGAAACAUAACUGUUGAUGCCAUCAGAAUAACAAAGUACAAUCCUGAAUUAAUCUGAGUUCUUUAAAGCAUAAAAUUUAUAAUACAAUGCACUCCUGUAGUUGACUUCCUCAGCGUUGAAAGAAAUUUAACAACUUUUCGAACUGACUCACAGUACCUGAAAGCAACUUUCAGCGGAUUUAAAUUCUACGAAUAUAUUUUUCUCAUUUUUCAUUUCAGAGACUUGUUAAUUUUCAAACAGCGUUGUUUGUCUUUCGCGCCUCUUGAGAAAAGAAGAUGUAAAGAGUUUCUUCGGAAAGGAAAUAGAACUAGAAUAAAUUUAGCUCCAGCAUUACGGAAAAUUCUAACUUCAGGCAUCCGAAACGACAUCGCAAAACUGUAGUAAAGUAACGACAAUAUAAAUGACAUGCAGAACAAACAUUGGUGGUGUGUGUGCAUUGUUCUUAGCUAUAUUUAUUGCCUUUCUUUGAAAGUAGAUGUAGGAUAUUUCACUCAAAAGACUUUGUAUCAUAGUCUAGACGUAGGAUCCAAUGUCACACGUGCUCGGGCACUCAUUCAUUUUCUAUGGUUGUGUACCUGCUUCGAGAUGUACAGAUUGUUGUUAUUUGUUGCAUAGGAAUGUAUAACGCGAUUUGUAUUUUAUAAGUGUUCUAAGAUUUUUUUUUUUUUUUUUUUUCAGAAGAGAGAGAGAGCAGCCGACACAACUUUUUCAUGCAUUGUUAUGUGUUCCUAUGAUUUUUGUUUAAUACUAUAGCCUAUUACAUUAAAAUAGGCGAUUCAAGGCCGUAGCGUCCCUACCCUCAUUUACGAUCAAAUAUGUGUCGUGAGGGAAAUAGAAGAUUAUAACAAAUUAAAAGAUUCGACCUUUUUUCCGCAGCAGUCGUUGCUAUGCUUGUGAGUCAUGAUUUGGAGGAAAGAAAUGACCUUGAAAUGCCUAUUCUAAAGUAAGAGACUACAGUUUAUGAAUUGCAGUGAUUGCAGUUUUAAUUUUGCACCACAAUGUCUAUUAUGUUUCCAUAAUUUAUUUAAAUGAAAUUAAUUGUAAAUUGAAAUACUUAUAAUUGAGUAUGCAUAAAAUGCUUCUCCGUUCAUUUAAGAUACGCAUAUGAAAUAGGGGUAAAAAUUAUAUGAUAUGUGUAUCUUAUAGGAAUUCAGAAACAUUUUAGAUAUAACCAUUUCUUUUAAACUGUGAAUAAUUAAAUUUAAAUUGUUUCUAUUUAGCUGAAGCUGUUAGAAAACUCUGCAUCUUUUUUAUAUGAAAUAUAAUUUAAAUUUCUUUGCAGAAUGUAUGCUUUUUCCCUCUCGAGUGUCAUUUUAAGUUAUAUAUUUCAGAAACUACAUUUCUUUCAGUACUCUAAAAUUUUAAAUAAUACAUUCAAAAUACUUACAGCAGUAUCUG